CGGGCGCUGCUGCUGCUCCUGGUGCUGCUGCUCCGCGCCCCCGCGCCGGGCUCCGCGCAGGCAGUGUGCGCGGGGACCCUGAACGGGCUGAGCGUGACGGGGGACGCGCAGCACCAGUACCAGACGCUGCACAAGAUGUACAACAACUGCGAGAUCGUGAUGGGCAACCUGGAGAUCGUCCUCAUCGACCACACGCAGGACCUGUCCUUCCUCCAGACCAUCCGGGAGGUGACGGGCUACAUCCUGAUCGCCAUGAACGUCUUCGCGUCGCUGCCGCUGCAGAACCUGCGCGUCAUCCGCGGCACCCAGUUCUACGAGGAGAAGUUCGCGCUCUUCGUGCUGCUCAACUACAACCCCAACACCACCCACGCCCUGCGCCACCUCGGCCUCAACCAGCUCACAGAGAUCCUGUCUGGAGGCGUCUACAUCGAGAAGAACGCGCAGCUGUGCCACGUGGACACGGUGGAGUGGAGGGACAUCAUGCGGGACCCCCGCCAGGAGCCCAUCGUGAGGGACAACGGCAAGGCCUGCGCCCCAUGCCACGAGAGCUGCGGCGGGCACUGCUGGGGGCCCGGCCCCGAGGACUGCCAGAAACUGACCAAGACCAUCUGUGCCCCCCAGUGCAACGGGCGCUGCUUCGGGCGGGCGCCCAACGAGUGCUGCCACGAGGAGUGUGCGGGGGGCUGCACCGGCCCCCUCCGCACCCACUGCUUCGCCUGCCGGCACUUCAACGACAGCGGGGAGUGUGUCCCGCUGUGCCCCCAGCCCCUCAUCUACAACAAGCUGACCUUCCAGCUGGAGCCCAACCCCGACACCAAGUACCAGUACGGGGGCGUCUGCGUCCGGGAGUGCCCCCACAACUUCGUGGUGGACCAGAGCUCCUGCGUCCGCGCCUGCCCCAACGACAAGAUGGAAGUGGAGAAGAACGGGUUGAAGAUGUGCGAGCCCUGUGGGGGGCUGUGCCCCAAGGCCUGCGAGGGCACCGGCGCCGGCAGCAAGUACCAGACCGUGGACUCGAGCAACAUCGACACCUUCAUCAACUGCACCAAGAUCCUGGGCAACCUGGACUUCCUCAUCACGGGCCUGGAGGGGGAUCCCUGGCGCAACAUCUCGGCGCUGGACCCCGAGAAGCUGAACGUGUUCCGGACGGUGCGGGAGAUCACGGGGUACCUGAACAUCCAGUCCUGGCCCAAGCACAUGCAGAACUUCAGCGUCUUCUCCAACCUGGAGACCAUCGGCGGACGGAGCCUCUACAACCGGGGCUUCUCUCUGCUGAUCAUGAAGAACGAGAACGUGACGUCGCUGGGGCUGCGGUCGCUGCGGGAGGUGAGCGCGGGCCGCGUGUACAUCACCGAGAACCGGCGGCUCUGCUUCCUGCACACGGUGCACUGGGCAGCGCUCAGCCGCUCCCGCGCCGACCUCGACAUCCGCAACAACAGACCCCGCAGCAAGUGCCAGCAAGAGGGGAAGGUGUGUGACCCGCUGUGCUCGGCCGAGGGCUGUUGGGGGCCCGGCCCCGGGCAGUGCCUGUCCUGCCGCCACUACAGCCGGCGCGGGGUCUGCGUGCCCACCUGCCACUUCACCCACGGGGAGGUACGGGAGUUCUCCCAGGACGGCGAGUGCUUCGAGUGCCACCCCGAGUGCGAGCGCAUCGAGGGCGGCAUCACCUGCAACGGCUCGGGCGCCGACACCUGCACCCGCUGUGCCCACUAUCGCGACGGGCCCCACUGUGUGGAGCGAUGUCCCGACGGCGUCCUGGGCGAGCGCGGCCCCAUCUACAAGUUCCCCGACGGCAGUCGCGAGUGCCGGCCCUGCCACGAGAACUGUACCCGCGGGUGCCUGGGGCCGCUGCUGCGGGACUGCCUGGGGGACGCCCUGCCCGUGUCCAGGAAGACGCCGACGCUGAUCGCGGUGAUGGUGGUCGGGGGGCUCUUCCUCUCCUGCUCCAUCGUCCUCCUCGCGCUGCUCUACUGGCGGGGAAAGAAGAUCCAGAAGAAACGGGCGAUGCGGCGCUACCUGGAGAGGGGAGAGAGCUUGGAGCCGCUGGAUCCCAGUGAAAAGGCCAACAAGGUGCUGGCCCGAAUCUUCAAGGAGACGGAGCUGAAGCGGCUGAAGGUUCUGGGCUCUGGCGUCUUUGGCACCGUGCACAAGGGCAUCUGGAUCCCAGAUGGGGACUCCAUCAAGAUCCCAGUGAGCAUCAAGGUGAUCCAGGACUGGAGUGGGCAGCAGUCCUUCCACGCUGUCACCGACCACAUGCUGGCCAUCGGCAGCCUGGACCACUCGUACAUCGUGCGGCUGCUGGGGAUCUGCCCCGGGCCGCAGCUCCAGCUGGUGACGCAGCUCCUGCCCCUCGGCUCCGUCCUGGAGUACGUGCGCAAGAACCGCGACUCCAUCAGCCCCCAGCUGCUGCUCAACUGGUGCGUCCAGGUGGCCAAGGGCAUGUACUACCUGGAGGAGCACCGCAUGGUGCACCGCAACCUGGCCGCCCGCAACGUGCUGCUCAAGUCGCCCAGCCAGGUGCAGGUGGCCGAUUUCGGCAUCGCCGACCUGCUCUACCCUGAUGACAAGAAGUAUUUCUACAACGAGGUCAAG